AUGUCAACAACUUCAACUAGUACAGAGAAGACAACAACGUCACAGCUAACGUUAACUAGCACAAAGCACACAACAACGUCACUGCCAAAGUCGGCUAGCACAAAGAAGACAACAACGCCACAACCAACGUCGACUAGCACCAAGCAGACAACAACGCCACAGCCAACGUCGACCAGCACAAAGCAGACAACAACGUCACAGCCAACGUCGACUAGCACAAAGCAGACUACAACGUCACAGCCAACGUCAACUAGCACAAAGCAGACUACAACGUCACAGCCAACAUCGACGUCAACUCUGCCGUCUUCGCCGCACAUUACUUUUACUACUACUACUGCUGCUACUACUAUUACCAGUACCACCGAAAAGGCGUCAAUUGUGACUGCUCCAAAAGACCGCUGCGUAGACAACAAUGUAUUGUGUCCUGAUUGGACGGGCAAGGUCCCCCCUGGAUGCGUCUUGAAACCCCCGAAACCUGGUCGAUGCUGUCCCGAGUUAGACUGCAGCAGCCUUACGCCACCACCAUAA